CUUGUCUUAUGAUUGGCUCCCAAUUGCUUUGACCCCACCACCACCGUUGUCAAUGUCACGACCUAACGGACCAACUCCAACAUGAGAGCAAUGGGAUAGGAGCAGAGUCCAUUUUAUUUUUUGCUUCACAUUUGUUGUCUAUUCAUUCUUUGCUGCAAUAAUUCUUCGAAGAUUGUAUUUUUCAUUAUUGAAAUGAUUUCAUCUGUGCUCUAUGCUCCAGUAAAUAUAUCAGCAGCUGUGUUUUCAAGAACUCUUCUGGGCAUAUCCAAGGAUUUUCCAGCACAACUUUAUGAUUCUUUGCACAACAAAUUCUAUUCAAGAAGCCAGGAAAAUGGGAAAAUCAAGAAACUGAAAAAAGUGAAGGCCACACUGGAUCAAGUUCCAAAAGUGGAACCGGCUGAAACCCAUACAAAUUCAAGGUCACUGGAAAGGAAGCUGAGGAUUCUGGUGGCGGGUGGUGGGAUUGGGGGGCUGGUUUUUGCAUUGGCGGCGAAGAAGAAGGGAUUUGAUGUGGUUGUGUUUGAGAAGGACUUGAGUGCAAUCAGAGGGGAGGGACAGUAUAGGGGUCCAAUUCAGAUACAGAGCAAUGCAUUGGCUACUUUAGAAGCGGUUGACGUAGAUGUGGCUGAAGAAGUUAUGAGUGCCGGCUGCAUCACCGGUGACCGGAUUAAUGGCUUGGUUGAUGGUAUUUCUGGCAGAUGGUACAUAAAGUUUGAUACAUUCAGUCCUGCAUCAGAACGGGGACUUCCGGUCACUAGAGUCAUUAGCCGCAUGACAUUGCAACAAAUCCUUGCUUGUGCAGUUGGAGAAGAUAUCAUCAUGAAUGAAAGCAAUGUGGUAGACUUCGAGGAUGAUGGUCAAAAGGUUACUGUAAUACUUGAGAGUGGAGAGCGUUAUGAAGGCGAUCUUCUAGUUGGUGCUGAUGGAAUAUGGUCUAAGGUGAGGAGAAAUUUGUUUGGACCAACUGAAGCUAUAUACUCGGGCUACACUUGUUACACUGGAAUUGCAGAUUUUGUUCCUGCCGAUAUUGAGACUGUUGGGUACCGAGUAUUUUUGGGCCAUAAACAGUACUUUGUUUCUUCUGAUGUGGGUGGAGGAAAGAUGCAGUGGUAUGCAUUUCACAAUGAACCUGCUGGUGGUGUAGAUGUUCCUCGGGGCAAAAAGGAGAGGUUGCUUAAAUUAUUUGAAGGUUGGUGUGAUAACGUCAUAGAUCUAUUGCUAACCACAGAUGAAGAUGCAAUUCUUCGACGUGACAUAUAUGAUAGGACACCAAUCUUUUCUUGGGGAAAGGGUCGUGUAACCUUGCUUGGAGAUUCAGUCCAUGCUAUGCAGCCCAACUUGGGUCAAGGGGGAUGCAUGGCCAUUGAGGAUGGCUAUCAAUUGGCACUGGAGCUGGACAAAGCUUGGAGGAAAAGUGUGGAUUCAAAAACCCCUAUUGAUGUAGUCUCUUCUUUAAAGAGGUAUGAGAGUGCUCGAAAGCUACGAGUUGCAAUUAUUCAUGGAUUAGCAAGGAUGGCUGCAAUUAUGGCUUCAACAUACAAGGCAUAUCUGGGUGUGGGACUUGGUCCAUUAUCGUUCUUGACAAAGUUUAGGAUACCCCAUCCUGGAAGAGUUGGUGGGAGAGUCUUUAUCGACGUCGGUAUGCCUUUAAUGCUAAAUUGGGUUCUUGGAGGUAACGGCUCAAAACUUGAAGGAAGAUCGUUGCGGUGCAGACUCUCAGACAAAGCUAGUGAUCAAUUACGAAGAUGGUUUGCAGAUGAUGAUGCUCUGGAGCGCUCUCUUAAUGCAGACUGGUUUCUGUUUCCUGUGGGAAACUCAACUGCUGCAUCUGAAACAAUCUUCUUAAGCAGAGACGAGAAGAAACCAUGCAUAAUCGGGAGCGUGUCACAUCCAAACUUCCCUGGAGUAUCAGUAGCUAUAUCAUCCCCUCAGGUUUCUAAAAUGCAUGCUCGGAUAAGCUACAAAGAUGGAGCAUUUUUUGUAACUGACUUAAGAAGCGAACAUGGCACCUGGAUCAUUGACAACGAGGGCAGGCGAUAUAGGGCGUCUCCCAACAUCCUUGUUCGUUUUCAUCCAUCCGAUGUAAUAGAAUUUGGUUCUGAUAAAAAGGCAGCUUUUCGUGUAAAGGCAAUGAAGUUUCCACCAAAGAGUGUGAACGCGAAGACAAAUAAUGAAGUUCUACAGACUUUAUGAAGAUUAUACUCAAUGAAUUAAGUUAACAAUUGAAUUGUACAGCAUUUAUACUCGACAGCAAAACUGCUACAUUUUGUUGAGUGCAGGAUAUGAACUCGAGUUUCGUAAAAGAUAUAUAGCUAAAUUUCAGCUAUGAGAAUGUAAUUAUUGAUAGGAUAUGUAUGCACAUAGAUGUGAAGGAGGGUUAUUCCAAGUGUACAAGCUCCCUCAGAUGAGGGGAGCCCACGAAUAAAAUAUUCAGUGGAGGCCUCUCACAUGUGAGGAGGCUGUUAAACUUGGUGUACACAAGAGCGCACACCAAGCAUAGCGUUGUGAAGAAAAUUUGUUCCACCCUCGUGCAUCUGUCUGUCCUUUUUUACCGUCGACAAAAUUUCUUUUA